AGCGUUUUUUAAACCGCAAGUCUACUCGCCCUUGUUUAUCUGCUCGUCUGUUGUCCAUUCAGUUUUUUUUUAAUCUGUGUUAUGCGUAGACAGGGUGUUAUGAGUAAACUCAAAUAACCGUUGCGUUGAGUUGAGCAAAGUAUUCAAGGAAGCGUUUGUUUUGUUUCAAGUUAAUAUUUUCGACAAAAGUUUUCAAUACUUACUUUAUCAACAUGACUGAAUGGCUUUUCGAUAUUUUCGGCGACCGCCUAGCCAAGGAAUCUACAAGGAGCCUGCCACGCCAACCACUGUCUAACAAUGAAAACAUUGGCAAAGCAAUUUCUACGGGACCUAUAAAACCGAAUGAACCGUUAAAAAAGGCGGGUGAACCGAAAAAAUCUUUUCUAUCUAAUGCCGGAAGAGCUCUUCGCGACAUCCAGACUCCAGGACAGAAGGUUUACAGCCCUCGAUCUAAAAACGUAGAAUCUGCAGCAAAGAAAAUAAUUACUUCCGAGAUAAUCUACAGUGACGAACUUGAUGAUGAUGCAAAAAAAUUCUAUGAGGAAUUAGAGUUUACUAAGCCUACAUAUAAGUAUGAUAACUACCACACAGAUGUUGUGGAUUACCUCCUAGGUCCUGAACCUGCGGUGCUGACAGAGUCUCCCCCACGCACACCACCGCCCGUCACACUCAACAGAAGCUUGGAGUUUGACUGUUCAUAUGAAGACGAGUUCUUUACUGAUAAUUUUGCAAAGGAGAGUGGUCCCAGUCCAUUUGGUGAAGAUGACUUCCCAACUUUAUACACUGACUAACAUUUGGACUAUGAAAGAUGGCUUAAACUGAAAUGACAUGAAAUUGGUUGAACAGUGUACAACUGUCCAGUAACUGUUGAAAGUUGAUUCCAGACAGAAUAAUGAAAACACACUUCUUUUUAAAUUUAGGGAUUUUAAAUGAUUUCUGCUGUGAUUUACCUACAAAAGUUUUACAUUUUCAGCUGUUACUGUUUAGUGUACACAUAAUUAAGUAUGUUACUUUAAUGCAGCUUGCAUUAUGCUUUGCUAAAUAUGAUAUGUAUUGUAUGAUUGUGAUAUAAAGUACCUACCAAUUGUUUUUGAUAUGGAAAGGGAUUAUACUAUUAAAAACUGU